AUGCGUUGGUUGGCGACAUUGUGCGCUCAGCUGUCCGUGAUUAUUUACAAGUCGGAUCACGAAGUGGACGAUUGCCAUUGAAAUGUUACGUAAUUUAGAGUGGAGUGUUUUGGAUUGUGUUGAAAGACGGUGACAGUAGAUCGUUGGUGUAGUUUCGUUGUGUUAGCAAUUGAGUACAGUUGUGAAGAUGAAAAUAUCAUUUGGUAUAUUGACGGUGAGUGACAGAUGUUCCCUAAACAUCGCUGAGGACAAGAGUGGGAAUAAUCUAGAGAAUCUGAUACGCAGCGAACAGCUUAUCGGGAACGGUGAAGUGGUGGUACGUCACUGUGUACCAGAUGACAAGGAAGAAAUAAAGCAAUAUUUGAAACUGUGGACCAACAUGGGCGUGGACAUCGUCCUCACGACGGGGGGCACCGGGUUCGGACCUCGCGACGUCACGCCCGAGGCGACCCGUGACAUCGUUGACAGGGAGGCCCCGGGCUUGGCUAUGGCGAUGUUCAUGAGGAGCCUCGAGGUCACUCCCCUGGCGAUGUUGUCUAGACCGCUGUGCGGCAUCAGGUCCAGAACGCUCAUCAUCAACCUUCCCGGGAGCACAAAGGGGUCCCAGGAGUGCUUCGAGAGCAUCGCGAUGUCGCUGCCCCACGCGGUGGCGCUCCUGAGGAACGCCCAGGCGGAGGUGGAGAACACCCACCAGCAGCUGGAGGCAGAAGGUCCCAAACACCACCACCACCUCCACCACGGCUUGUCACACCACCACCACCAUCACCACCAUCACAGUCACCAUCGCCACAGUCAGGCAGUCGUCGAUAGCAAGGUGGACGUGAGCAAAGUGGCGCGCCGCGCUCGCACCUCCGCCUACCCGCUGAUCGACGUGCAGACGGCACAGCAGACAGUCCUGGAGCACGCCCGCGUGCUGGGCACGGAGACGGUCAAGUUCAAGGACGCCCUGGGCCGCGUGCUCUCGGAGGACGUGGUCGCCAGGGACGCCCUGCCCCCCUUCCCCGCCUCCAUCAAGGACGGCUACGCGGUCAUCGCCGGCGACGGGGCGGGUCCCAGGACCGUCCUGGGGGACUCCACCGCGGGCGUGAAGCCGGACGAGCUGGAGCCGUUGAAGACCGGCCAGUGUGCGCGGAUCAACACGGGCGCCCCGGUGCCCGCCGGGGCGGACUGCGUGGUCCAAGUGGAGGACACACGCCUGCUCAAGGAUGCCGACGACGGCCGCGUCGAGCUGGAGGUGGAGAUCCUGGUGGCGCCCAAAGUGGGGCAGGACAUCAGGCCAGUGGGUAGUGACAUUAAGGAAGGCGAAGUAGUACUCCGCAAGGGCGCGGUUCUCGGACCUUCCGAGCUUGGGCUUUUGGCAACAGUCGGCGUAGUUCACAUACAGGUUUACAAGCUGCCAGUGACAUGUUUGCUGUCGACGGGCAACGAGCUCCAGGAACCCGGACAGCCCUUGGAACCGGGACACAUACGAGACAGCAACAAGACCACUCUGAUAGCAUUGCUUCAGGACCAUGGUUUUCCUGUCGAGGACAUUGGCAUAGCGAAGGACAACCCCAAGAGCAUGCUUGCCAAGAUGAAGGAGGCCCUGUCAGCCGGGGACCUGGUGGUGACCACGGGCAGCGUGUCCAUGGGCGAGCGGGACAUCCUGAAGGAGGUUCUGGUCACCGACCUGGGGGCCACCGUGCACUUUGGGCGCGUCUUCAUGAAGCCGGGGAAGCCCACGACGUUUGCGACGUGCGAGUACGACGGGAAGCGGAAGCUGGUGCUGGGCCUCCCGGGCAACCCGGUGUCCGCCACGGUGACCAGCCACCUGUACGUGCUGCCCGCCUUGCGGAAGAUGUCUGGGUGCCGGCCCCUGCCCACCAUCAUCAAGGCCAUCACUGAAGAUGACCUGAUAUUGGACCCUAGACCUGAGUAUCAUAGAGUUGUGCUGUCGUGGGAAACACAACACACUGUCCCUACAGCCAAAAGCACUGGGAACCAGAUAAGCAGUCGCUUGCUGAGCUGCUCCGCCGCGAACGCCCUGCUGAUCCUGCCUCCGCGGAGCGACUCUGUGACGUUCGUGGCUCGCGGCAAACUUGUGGACGCCAUGAUCAUCGCCAGGAUCUGAACACACCAUCUCCUGUGGUCGCCGCACCGUGCAUUCGCAACGCACCUUACGUUUGAUUGAUCCUUGAUUAUAUUACUUUUACAUGUCAUAGGGUUCAAGUGGUGUGUACUUCAUUGAAGAUGGGAUGCAGGCUUGUCAUUUUCGUAUGUAUGUGGUUAAUUGAGCAUCAGGCCCACCAAGUUGAGUUAAAAGCAGGGGCAUGCCCAGUGACAUAACCUCAACCCAUUUAAGGGAAGAGUACAAUAUUAUAAUAUCCACUUUAGUUUUUUUUCUUUCUUUUUUUUCAAAAUUUAAUGAACAAUUUGAAAUUCUAUGAUUCAAAUUACCUACACACUCCAAAUUACAUUAUCAUAAUUUUUUUCCCACCAGGUUUCUUCAAGAUACGCACAUUCAGGUCAUUGCAUGUUCGUCGAUCUUAUUACUCAGACAAAAUUUUUAAAGUUUUAGUAACAGGAAUUUUAAAAUUCAGUUUUUGCUUCCAUCAAUUUGGUAUGGAAUUAGGUAUCAUGAAUUUUGGAAAGUUUUCAAAGCAAUUUUUGAAUGGUAACUGGAUACUUCAUUUUUAGUGGCUUGUGUAAAAUGAUUAGGUGCUAGGUAAUUUUACAGUAUAUUCCUUCUGUAGUAAUGCUAGAAGGGCUGUCACCUGAUUUUAUGUACAGGGUGACAAACAAACUUUGGCUGCAGGUUUAUCAUACAACAAUAAGUUGAAAACAUACAUACCUAUAUGUGACAUAUGAUCUAAAUUCCUUCCCAAGACUGCUGUAGGCCUUUGAAGUUUCAGCUGAACUAAUGGUUUUUUGAAAAUAAUAAAGAAACUAUUUAUGGUGAAACGCCAAGCGUCGGAGUAAUGUCUAUUUAAAGAACGUUCUACACACACUACAAAUCUUGUUGCUGAAGUAAUAUUAUUUAAUGGAAAUAAUUUAGGGUAACGCCCUUAUUUACCAUCAAUUUUUGUGACAUCGAGGAAUAAUGUUGUGUUUAAAGGUAGAUUAUUAAUCUACAUCUAAAAAAUAAUUUUAAAAAUGUCACUUUGUUGUACUUUGUUAUACCCCACCGUUUUCACGAGAAACUAAAAUAAAAUUUAUUAUUAAAUACUUUCGAUGCCUGGCAGGUGUGCAACAGUUUGAAACAGCUGCCUAAAAUCAGGGGCACUGAUUGUUAAGUGAUUUACCCAUAAAUGAAGGUAUUUUGAAGAAAUCAUCUAACUAAUCAUUAAGCCAUAACAAUUGCAGACGUAACUUAAAAAACAUAAACUUGAAUGGUGGAUAAACCACACGUGUUAUCAAAUGUCAAUACUUGCGGUUGGGGGGGGGGGGGGGGACGUUUUUAAUUAACAAGUAAUGUUUUAUGACAAGUCGUUUUUAGACAUUACAUAUUUGCUUGGUGUUUCAUGAUAUAUAGUUUCUUUUUUAUUUUCGAAAAAUUCCCGGUUCAGCUGCAACUUCAUAUGCGUAUACGAAUCUUGAGAAGAAAUUUAGACCAUAUGUCAUACAUAUGUUUUCAAUUUAUUUUUAUGUGAUGAAUCUGCAUCCAAAGUUCUCGGGACUCAUGCUGUAUAGUAUGAACUUUUUGAUACAAUAUAUACAUAUAUAAUUUAACAAGCAUGUUAGAAUGUAAGUAUUAUAUUAGGGCUUGCAUUUUUAAUAUUUUAUAGUUGACAGUGCUUGUCUGUGUAUGCAAAACACAAGUACUCUGACUGGUUCUUCAAGAAUAAAAUAACAAAAAAAAAAUUAAUGGUUACACUAUUUUGUUUGUUGGACCAACACAUGUUCACAUAUUUUAUUUUUGAGUUUUUCAUAAGUGCAAUUAAUUAUACAAAAAAAUGUAAAAUUAUGAGCUGAUGAGAAAAUUUACAAAAAUAAAAAUGUAAAAUAUGUAAAUAGAGUAGCCAACCAUAGUGUACAGUAAACAACCAUUUUACAUAAAAAAUUUUUAUACUUUUCAAGAGUAUGAAAUAUUUAGGGAAAUAAAAAAGCAGUGUGUGUAAAAAAAACAAUUUAACUGUAUAAUAAUGGAAAAGGUUAGUUCAUUGUCUAUAAUCUGUUAUUUUAUGUUGUUAGUCAAAUUUAAUAGGAAGUAAAUUUUUCUUCAGAUCAUAAGAUGUAGAUUUACUUAGUUAAAACUUUGUGCUAAACUUUUUUGAAAGAUAUUUAUAAACUAAAUUCAGAUGCAGUCUUUGUGAUUCAUAGCUUUCACUAUGUUCAUACAAAAUUAAACUGUGCCAUACAUUUAAGCUUAUUGUAAAAGAAAUUUAUGAUUUGUACAGUGUAUUAUAUGACAUAAAAUUUUACUUGUACUUUAGUAAUAUGAAUUUAGGAGUAAUUAUUAUGAAGUGUUUGUAACAUUGUUGUUGUUUUUUUUUGGAAAUAUAUUGUAAUUUUAUGUUGGCUGCUGUGAGAAGUCUGAAUUCUUACGAAACUUAAAACAUGUUACAAGCUAAGCUUGGCCUAGCUGUAGAAGUUAAGUACAAAAAUUUUGUUGUAUUCUCAAUAAAUAUUUGGUUAUUCCUUUUUGCUGUAAGAAAAAUUAAUUAAAUUUCUAAAUUAUUCAUACAAAAUAUAUCAAAGUUACAGUAACAUUUUAUGUAACUGAAAUAAAACCUACCCUAGGAUUAUAAUUAUUUAUUUCUAAACAAUCUUGUCUUACUCUUUCAUCUAAUAUCAGUCUUACAACAAAAAUUAAAUGCUCAAAAUGUUUUUUUUUUAUCAUUUUAUUGUGUAACAAGUAAAAUACAGAAUGUAAAAAUGAAAGUCUUAUAAUUGUAUGGAUGAAAAUGUAAUAAAAUAUUGAGCAGAAGAA